AAAUAAAAAAAGAAAAAAAGGUUAAGGUCAAGUUCUCUGAAGGUGAUCGACAGUGGUUGGAUUUUAUUUUCUGUAGGCCUAGUGUUUUGACGAGUAUUGCAACUUGUCAAGAUGGCACAACACCUUGCAAAGACCCAGGGGAGUGGGACCCCCGUCCCUACACUGUUGACCCCAGACCCCCAGUUUAACCUGAAGGAGAUGGAGAUGGAAGGAGGGUAUUACCGUCAGUGUCAGCAACUCGAGGCGGCCGAUGCCAUGUCACAUCUCGAGCACAUGUGCAAACUCGACAUCGACUCGGAGCCCCACGAGGUCCGAAUGACAGGGAUCAUUUGUACCAUUGGUCCUGCUUGCCGUGAAGUCAGUAUGCUGCAGAAAAUGAUUAUUGAGGGCAUGAAUAUUGCACGACUCAACUUCUCACAUGGAACUCAUGAGUACCAUGCUGGCACAAUAAAAAACAUCAGAGAAGCAAAGAGUGCAUUCAGUUCUCCCCGACCUGUGGCCAUCGCCCUGGACACCAAGGGACCUGAAAUCAGAACAGGGUUGUUAGAAGGAGGGGCUUCUGCUGAGAUCACCCUGAAUGCCGGGGACAAGAUAAAGAUCACCACAGAUGACAAGUACAAAGAGAAAUGUAGCAAGGACGUGUUGUGGGUGGACUAUAAAAAUAUCACCAAGGUCAUGUCUAUAGGGGACAGAAUGUACAUAGAUGACGGCCUCAUCUCAGUUAUUGUCAAGGAGAUGGGUGCUGAUUUUCUGAAUUGUCUGGUGGAGAAUGGGGGUGACUUGGGCAGUAAGAAAGGAUGUAACCUCCCAGGUGUAGCCGUGGAUCUUCCCGCUGUGUCAGAAAAAGACAAAGAGGAUUUACUUUUUGGAGUUGAACAAGGGGUGGACAUAGUCUUUGCUUCAUUCAUCAGAAGUGGACAACACAUCAAGGACAUCAGAAAGGUCAUGGGAGAAAAGGGAAAGAAUAUCAGAAUUAUUGCCAAGAUUGAGAACCAUGAGGGGGUCAAAAGAUUUGAUGAAAUUCUUCAGGAGUCUAAUGGCAUAAUGGUGGCCAGAGGAGACCUGGGUAUAGAAAUCCCACCAGAAAAAGUAUUUCUGGCCCAGAAGAUGAUGAUUGGUCGAUGUAACAGGGCCGGAAAACCUGUAAUAUGUGCUACACAGAUGCUGGAAUCAAUGGUGAAGAAGCCCCGCCCCACCAGGGCGGAGUCUAGUGAUGUAGCCAAUGCAGUGUUAGAUGGAGCUGACUGUGUCAUGUUGUCAGGGGAGACAGCUAAGGGAGACUACCCAUUAGAAGCUGUCAAAAUGAUGCAGAAGAUCUGUAGAGAAGCGGAGUCUGCUGUUUUUCAUCAUCAGCUGUUUGAGGAGUUACGUAAGGAAACUCCCACCCCCACAGACGCCACCCACACUGUUGCCAUAGCAGCAGUAGAGGCUUCAUUUAAAUGUAUGGCAGCUGCUAUUAUUGUGAUCACAACAUCAGGAAGGUCCGCCCACCUGAUCUCGGCCUACAGACCUCGCUGUCCAAUCCUUGCCAUCACAAGGAUAGAACAGACAGCCAGACAGUGUCAUCUUUUCAGGGGGAUCUUCCCUAUUCACUAUGUGGACCCUGUCAUGAGUGAGUGGACCGUGGAUGUAGACCGUCGGAUUUACAAGGGAAUCCAGAUAGGAACUGACCGUGGAUUCAUUCAGAAAGGUGAUCCAGUCAUCAUCAUCACGGGCUGGAAGCCUGGAUCUGGAUCUACAAACACAAUGAGGAUCAUUAACGCUGUAGAUGUAGCUAAAUCAGAUCUGCUGGCGCCUAUCACAGGUAUAACCAGUGUGCCAAGUUUCAACAAAAUUGAAAGUGAUUUAUCUACUAAUACUUCUGCUUCAUCUGUCUCGGAGUCGAAAGGAUCCAAAGACGAUGUUAAGUUCUUCUGAGAACCUCUACAAGCAAAUUUUUUUCACCCCAAAGACUCAGAAUUACAAUAAUGUAAGGGGCAGAUACAUGUGACUCCUAAGAGAUGUUGGAUUUACUCAGUUAUGGAGCUUUGAACAACUGCUUAAUGUGUGUUUUAUUAGACUUUUUUUCUUGUAUUGGUAUGUGUGAAUGUUUGAGAAGAGAGGAUAAGUUAUAUACCAUUAUUGUUGAUUAAAUGUUAGAACUGUUCCAAUUUGUUCAUGUGAAAAACAAAGUGCUAGACAAAGAGAUAUUUAUUAUGAAUAUCAUGUUUUACAAUGUAUAUUGUUGUAUAUGUUAGACAUGGUAGUUACAAAAUAUUUCCUAAACAAAGUUAUGAUGCAUGCAAGUGAUGUAUUAGGUACCCAGCAGUUACAUAGAAAUUUCUGGUUUGUGCUAGCAACAAGGAAUUUUUAAGAAUUUUUUGUGUGAUAACAUUUAUAGACAUCGUGGACUAUUUAUUUCAUUGUAGGUAUAUAUACUGAUAAGCAACGUCUAGGAUGUGAAUCUCACUUGAUGCAGGUUUUAGCAGCUAAUUACAUGUAUGUAAAAUUAAAAUUGAUAUUGUCUGCUGUUGUUUUAUCAUUGAAUGGUAAUCUGCUCGAAGGAACAAUAUGUCCAUGACUUUCCAUUCCAUGUAGCAACGAAUUGCAUUUCAAAAGAAAAUUUUGACAUCGGUGAAGUAUAAUAAGAUCAUGUUGAAACAUCAUCAUUUCUUGAUAUACAUGUACAUUGCUGGAUAGACAAACAGCAGAAGCAGAUGAAAAAAAUUCUAUUUGUUAAAACUGCGUGUUUGUUUUGCCAAUGUUAAGUUACAUACCAUGGUAUAUUAAAGAAGAACAUUGUGUUUGAAAAUCCUUUUCUACCUAAAAGCGUUCAUUUUUUUUUAUCUAAAUAUUGAAAGAUUUUAUUCCAUUUUACUUUUUAUUUGUUGUACAUGUGAAAUAAAAGUUUAAAGACAGUAUAAGAUAACAAACAUUAAUUUAUUGUAUAUCUUAUUUAACAAAUAUGUAUAACUGGUUUGGAUUUAUUGGUGCUGUGUGUUUUAUCUUUAAUUUUAUAUGAUUUAUACACAUCAGGAGUCUUUAGGCAAAUGUAGUCAUGCAAAAAUAUAUGGUAAAUUGCACCAAUUUAAGACUUUGUUGGGGGCGUUGAGCAUUUACUAAAUGCACAGAAAAAUUUUAUAAUGUGGAAAAAUGCUUGUAUUCUAAUACUGACGAGGCAUCAAGUUAACCUCCUUUGUAAAGUCAAAAUUAUUGAAAUCUGACACAAGCUCUUUUUUGUUUGUUUAUUUUUUUCUUUCUUUUGUUGAAAGGAUUCUAUUGUUGACACCCUGGUUGUAAAAUAAAAAUCUACAACACUGAGAAA